UUCAUCUAAUACAUUGGAAUUUAGGUUAUGUUAUUGUUACAUUUACAAUUUCAUUAGCAAUUUAUUAAUUGUUAUCGCUUUAGGAAAAAGAUAUUUAAGAUUUAGUAUUUAGGAUAUUUUACACUUCUUAUCACAAUGCCGAAAGUCGUUUCCAGAAGUAUAGUUUGCUCAGACACUAAAGAUCAAGAGGAGUAUAGUGAAGAAAAGCCACUUCAUAUCUAUUACUGCAUUUGUGGACAAAUGACAUUGAUUUUAGACUGUGCCAUAGAAAAACUACCCUUGAGGAAACGCGAUGGAGCCAGAGUAAUUGACGGAAGCAAACACGCACAUAAAAUGACCUUUGAUACUGAUGAAACAGUUUACAUCAAACGCCAGGAGGGGAUAGAGCGACAACACAGGAUGCGUUGUAAAAAAUGCAGAUUACCUCUCUACUAUAAGCACGACUUGAAAAGCAACGUCAACUUUAUAUUGAAAGGAGCUGUUGUUAAGAGUUCAGGCGAAGGACCAAAGAUGGAUAUUUACAAUCAAGUUGCGGUGGAGAAGCCUAAAAAGAUUAUGGUGACAAAACACACUAAAAACAUGGGCAAGUUCAGCUCCGUUACUGUGUCUACAAUUGAUGAAGAGGAGGAUGAAAUUGAAGCUAGAGAGGUUGCUGACUCGUAUGCCAACAAUGCCCGCAUCAUAGAAAAACAACUGGAGAGGAAGGGGAUGAACAAACGUAAAAUGGUGGUACAACAAACACAAGCGGAAUUGGAGGCCAAGAGGAACCGAGUCCGGGGCACUUUGAUUGAUAAAUAAACUGCCUUAGUGACUGCAUUUUACUGUGUAUAUUGUAAAUAUUUUAUUUAUAAGUGAAAAAUAAAUGGAAACACCUA